AUGGACCUGGAGGAGCUGCUGCAAAGCAGUCUGGCAGAAGCAGGAUCCUGCAAUGCAGCGUCUGCUCUGGAAGGAGAGCAGGUCUUCGCAGUUCGCCCGGGGCUCUACUUGGCUUCCGAGCACGGGGCAUCCAAUCCGCAAGUCAUGGAGCUCUGCGGAAUUUGCUUGGUGCUCAACUUGACAAGUGGCCAGGGGAAGGUUCCAAACCACUUCUCGAGCUGCAGGUACAUCAACUAUGAGCUGGUAGACCAGCCCGGUGAGGACAUCUUGAGUCGUGGCAUUCGGGAAGGCGUCAAGGAGAUCCAAGCAAGUCUUGAUGCGGGCGAGCCGGUCCUGGUGCAUUGCAACGCCGGGCUCAGCCGGUCGGCCACUGUUGUGACUGCCUGGCUAAUGCAGAAUUACAGUAUGAAGGCAGCCGUGGAGGAGGUGAUGCAGCGAAGAGGCCGGCGCCUACGGUUGAACGUCUCCUUCUGGAUGGCUCUCGCUCAGUGGGAGCGCGAACUCGGCAAGGAGGGUCCAAGUUUCGACUUCACCGAGUGGUGGCUGCAGGACUUUGGACAGAUGGGCUUUCCAGAAAAGCGGAUUCGGGAGGCUCUGGAAGUGGGCAACUGGGUGGACUUCGAGAAGGCGUUUCAGUACCUGCUGGGGCCAUGUUUGACUCGGAAAGCCAAUGCCAAGAGCCGGCCGAGGCGCGCUUUGAAGCAGCUGGCCAGGGACAGGCAGGGGGUGCCGGGCGCAGUCUUCCGGUUCAUCGAUGGCAAGCAAUGCUCUCCAGAAGAGGCCCACGCGUUGCUCGCGCAGCUUGCCGAGGUGGACUUGGAAUACGUGACCAAUAGUCUCAAGAGCGCUCAAGCAGAAGCGGCCGCCCUGCAGGCCAGCGACCUUGACCCGCCGGAGGACUUCAUGUGUUUGGCGGACGCCUCGCAGAAGGACAUCCAGUCAUGGGAGCAGCAAGGCUUGGCAGCCAUCGGUCGCGGUGAGGUGGCAGCUUGUGUCCUGGCGGGCGGGCAAGGCACCCGACUAGGCUUCGACGGCCCGAAGGGCUGCUAUGACAUUGGGCUGCCCUCGCACAAGCCGAUCUUUCAGAUCCUGGUUGAGAAGCUUGGGCGCCUCGUGACUUUGGCCAAGGAGGCCGGCGGCCCCAAAGCCUUCCUGCCCUUCCUGGUGAUGACCAGCCCGAUGACCCACAAGCAAACAGUGGAUUUCUUCGAAAAGCACAGCUUCUUCGGCAUGCCCAAGGAUGAUGUCUGGUUCUUUGCGCAGGGCGUGAUGCCUUGCCUCACGCCAGAGGGCAAGAUCAUCCUGGAGUCUGCUGGCGUCAUGGCCAGCAAUCCGGACGGCAACGGGGGUGUGUAUCCCGCUCUCAAGAAGAGCGGGUGCCUGGAUCGCCUGCGGUCGCUGGGGGUCAAGAGCGUCCACUGCUUCUCAGUGGACAACCCCCUGUGCCGGCCAGCAGAUCCCCGCUUUGUGGGGUACUGCCUCUCCAAGAACGCAGACUGCGGCAACAAGUGUGUUUGGAAGGCUACCCCGCAGGAGAAGGUAGGGGUCAUGGCCAGGAAGGGUGGCAAGCCCAGCGUGGUGGAGUACAGCGAGUUGGAUGAGGAAAGAAUGAAGAAGCGGGACGCGGCGGGCCGGCUGGUCUUCGGCGCCGGGAACAUUUGCAAUCAUUUCUUCUCUGUGGACUUCCUGUGCGAUGUGGUAGUGCCCAACAUGUCGGCCAUGUUCCACCUGGCGCACAAGAAGAUCCCGCAUGCUGGGGACGACGGGAAGACUGUGAAGCCAGAUGCCAACAACGGCUGGCACUCAGGGGUGAGCUGGGAGCUGCUUGUGGUGCGAGGCGUGAAGCUCGAAGCCUUCAUCUUCGACGUUUUCCCCAUGAGCAGCCGGAUGGCCUGCGCCUCAUCGGCGAGGGUGAAGUGA